AUGCCGACUGAGUCGGAUUUAGAGAAAUUGAGGAAACAAGUCCGCAAAGCGUUUCAGAUGCGUGCAUUCACAGUAAGCAAGGAGGCUAUGGAAUAUGCUCUCCAAAUUUUGGUGGAAUUGGAAGAUGAGGAGCGAAUUCGAUGGAUAAAUAAAGUCACUGCAGUGUUGUCAAAACAGAAGGCAAGCGGGCCAGUGCUUUCGUUCAGUGAAUUCAAGUCGGCUGUUGCCGAAUGUGUCAGCAAUCGUUCUUCAAAACAAGAAUCAUUAAUCCAUAUAAUUGAUUUGUUCACCGUUCCACGUUUACGAUAUGAUGAACAACGUAAAGCAUUGACCGUGGUAGAUGGUCAGGCAUCCACUAUAGGUCAAAGUAGUGAUGCGAGGAAUUUAUACAGAGAACGCUUGAAGCUUGUCCGUGCCUUACGAAGUUCAGUUUUUGAGCAUUAUCAGUUAUGCUCCGUAGAAGCUCUGUUGGGCACUCCAGAAAGGGCAGGCAAUUCAGUUUUAAUAGGAAUGUUAACUCAGAGGAAUCCUGGCAUUUAUGAAAUUGAAGAUCUUACAGGUGCUAUAGAAGUUGAUCUUAAAGAAGCGACAUUCCACAAAGGUCUUUUCACUGAUGGCUGCAUAAUGAUGCUGGAGGGUCGGUAUGUUGGUGGUGUAUUUUGCGUUAGUGCUGUAGGUCUUGCACCAACUGAAAAUGCCAAGAUUACAAGAAAUUACUUUGGAGUAACCAACUGGUUUGGUGGUGAGAAUGCAGUCGCCUGUGGGUCGCAACUUCGACUUCGAACAUUAUGCGAACGAAAUGAUAGAACAAGGUUCAUCCUUAUGUCAGAUGUAUGGCUGGAUGAUUCAAGGAUAUUGAAUGCAAUUAAAGAGCUUAUAUUUGCCUUCACAGAUUCCCAGCUGCUUGCAUUCGUUAUAUGUGGUAAUUUCUGUUCUCAGGUGGGUACAGCUGAUGCAUAUGAUCGCAUUUAUGAUGGAUUUCGUCGCUUGGCAGCUAUUUUGCAAAAAGAUGUUUUUGCUAAUCGUAAUGUUCAUUUUAUAUUCAUUCCUGGUCCAGAUGAUCCAUCGUUAAAUUCGAUACUACCACGGCCACCGUUACCGUUUCAACUUUUCGAGCUGAUGAGAGAUGUACCAAAUUGUUCAUUUGCAUCAAAUCCAUGCCGUAUACAAUACACCAGUCAAGAAAUUGUCAUCAUGCGUCACGAUAUGGUUGAAAAAAUGUGCAGAAAUAGUAUUCAUAUGCCGUCGGCCACUGCCGACAUUCCAGAACACUUUUGUUAUACAAUUGCUUCCGUCGGACACUUAUCGCCAUUACCUCUGCAUAUAUCACCUGUUCUUUGGCAAAUGGAUAGCUAUCUUACAUUAUACCCAUUACCGGAUCUCGUUGUCAUCGCGGAUAAGUUCGAACAUUUCCAAUAUCAAUUAGAAAAUACUAUGUUCGUUAAUCCAGGCUCAUUUGCUCGUACUGACCUCAAUUUUUAUGUUUAUUAUCCAGCGUUGCGCACGGUCGAGAUGGAGGAAGAUCGAUUGGGAAUGUCAAUAAGUGGUGAUGUUGCUGAGAUUGUGAAAGAUGCAAAUGGCGUUAUUGGUGUGUCAAUUGGUGGAGGUGCGCCGUAUUGUCCAUGUAUUUAUGUUGUGCAAAUUUUCGAGAAUUCACCGAUGGCUUUAAAUGGACGAAUUCAAGCGGGUGAUGAAAUUGUUAGUGUAAAUGGUAUUCCGGUAAAAGGAGAAAGUAAGACAGCCAUUGCAAAGAUGAUCCAAGAAACGGAAGGAUCUGUUAAACUUGGUUUCAAUGUCCUUCAUGCUGAAAUAGUAGAUGGACAUACAUUAGAUAUAGCACUAAAGAAGAUGAAACAUCGUGUUGCUGAAUCAAUAACUUCCGAAACAGCUGAUUCAUUAGGAUUGUCUCGAGCAAUUUUAUGCAACGAUCUUCUCCUUCAAAAAUUGAAUCGUUUGGAACGUUGCUCUCAACUGUAUAAGAAACUUAUCAAACAUCUCAGUGCUUUACUCAAUUCACAUUAUCAUAUUGCUAGAACUCAAAAAGAAUUUGGUGAUUUAUUCUGUGAAAUAGCAGCACGAGAGAGCUCUCCAACAACCAAUAAAGCAUUGUCAACAUUCGGCAAUACACAUCGAGCUCUUGAAAAACAUACCGUAAAAUUGGUGAAAAGUUUGCAUCCAAUAGUACGUGAUUUGAAGACAUUCGUCGAAAAAGCAAUUCCAGAUACAAGAUUAACUCUGAAAAAAUAUUUAGAUGCUAAAUUUGAAUAUUUAUCAUUUUGCUUAAAGUUGAAAGAAAUGGAUGAUGAAGAAAUCGAGGCAGCCAGUUUCGAUGAACAUUUGUAUCGUGUUGAAACGGGUAAUUAUGAAUACAGGCUAAUGCUACGCUGCCGACAGAAUAGUCAUGAAAAAUUCAUGAAGUUACGAAAGGAUGUUAUGGAAAAGUUGGAAUUAUUGGAUCAGAAACAUGUGCAAGAUAUCGGUGUUCAGUUGUCAAAUUUUGUUAAAGCCAUAAUGGAGACGCACUCGGAAUGUCGUGAUGCCAUUGCGGGCGCAAAUGGAUUAUUUCCGAUUGAUAUUGAUCUCGAGCAAAUCAUUCAUCGAUACAAUACUAGCGGUCGAUUAGAUGAGGAAGAGAAAGAGGAGAAUGGUACGAUGGAGAUAGCAGAGGAGUCGAAGCCUGAAGAUCUCCUCGAUUUAUCUUAA